UAUUUACACGCGAAAGCUGCGUCUGUAUAUUCUUGCGUCCGUGGUCGACCGUGCAACUUUUCGAACGCACCUGUGCAUCUGUGCUCGAGACGAUAAGCAGUACAAGGAUUCAUUAAAUCGACGACAUCAUUGUUUCCUUAUCAAAGAUAAGAUAACCAAUCUGUUAAAAGGCAUACAUGUCACGAGUUUACCGUAGGAAUAGCGUGUUGGCACUCGAAUCUUUCCGAAUUGAAGUUCAAAAGAAGCGAUAACCUGUAUUAUCUCCUCGUGAUCGAUGUGUCAUCAAUAACAAAGAAGCAUUUUAUAAGCACUGUUCCAAGGUAAGAAACGAGCCGUCCACGAUUUCGUUGCAUUUCCAAAGACGUUUCCUCGUAGUCCAGCGCGAAAUAAUAAAUAAAUAAACGUUCUUUACGACGCAAGAUGGUAAGGAAGAACGGGCUGUGGAAGCUGACGCAGCUUCGGGCGCUCAUGAAGAACGUCCAGGUUGAGGACAUGAAGGAGAAAGGUAUUCACGCUUUAAUCGUCAACGGCGAGGACGCGCAUCAGUCAGAGUACUCGACCGAACAUGACGAAAGACGAUGUUUUGUCAGUGGCUUCCGCGGCUCCUACGGCACAGUAAUCGUCACACCAGACUCAGCGUUGUUGUGGACAGAUGGGAGAUAUUUCACACAGGCUCUGUCAGAAUUAGACCCGCCAGAGGCAUGGACCCUCAUGAGAGAGGGUUUACUGGACACACCUACCACUGCCAUGUGGCUGACCUCUAAUCUGCCUCCAAAAUCUGUAGUUGGAGCAGAUGCCAAUCUGAUAAGCUACAACGAGUGGGCACGAUUGCACAGCAGCUUGACUGCAGCUGGACAUAGUCUGAUCGCUCUUCCAGAGAACCUAGUGGACAAGGUAUGGGCUGAUCAGCAGCCAGCACCUACAGCUAAUGUAGUCUUACCUCAGCUGAUACAAUAUUCUGGUGAGAAAGCAGGAGUCAAGGUGAAUCUGUGCCGUGAAGCAAUGUUGGAGAACGAUGCAACAGUACUUGUGAUAACAGCACUGGACUCGAUAGCGUACUUGCUCAACUGGAGAGGCUCUGACAUUCUUUUCAAUCCUGUCUUCUUCGCGUACGUUAUCCUCACCAUAAAAGACGUGCAUAUUUUUAUAGACAAAAGUAGACUUAGCCAAGAAGCACUGGAACAACUGAAGGAUGAGGGUGUCGAUCCAAUCUUCCAUCCUUACGAAGAUAUACACCUGUUUAUGGAGGAGAUCGUGUACUCGGCCACAGAACAGGAUAAGAUUUGGGUCAGCAAUAAUUCGAGUUACGCACUGCACGCGGAUUGCGGCGAGGUGAAGAAGCACACGGACAUCACGCCUCUUAGCAUCAUGAAAUCGAUCAAGAACCCCGUCGAGAUCGCGGGCAUGAAAGCGGCGCAUGUGAGAGACUCGGUCGCCCUCGUCAAAUAUUUCGCUUGGCUGGAGGACAAGAUCAAGAAUACUGACGAGCGCAUCACGGAGAUCUCGGGUGCCACGCAGCUGGAGAAAUUCAGACAGGAGCAAGAUCUUUUCGUUGGAUUAAGUUUUACCACUAUAUCGUCGGUCGGUCCUCAUGGAGCAAUUAUUCAUUAUUCACCUACGCCAGCGUCUGACGUGCCUAUUACAGAUAAAGAACUUUAUCUUUGCGAUUCUGGCGCGCAAUAUAAGGACGGCACGACAGACGUAACGAGGACUUUGCACUUUGGUGAGCCCACGAGCUUCGAACGCGAAUGUUUCACCAGAGUGUUUAAGGGUCAGUGCCGUCUCUCGACCAUGGUCUUCCCCUUAAAAACGAAAGGAAAUUACCUCGAUACGCUGGCGCGCGAGAGUUUAUGGAGCGUUGGUCUCAAUUAUCUUCACGGCACCGGCCAUGGAGUGGGAUCGUAUCUCAACGUCCACGAGGAGCCGAUCGGUAUCUCAUGGAAACCGUACCCGGAUGAUCCAGGUUUAGAGUCCGGCAUGUUUCUAUCGAAUGAGCCGGGCUAUUACGAAGACGGCAAGUUUGGCAUUAGACUAGAAAACAUCGAGCUAGUCGUGCCUGCGAAGACACCUUACAAUUAUAAGGAUCGUGGUUUCCUAACUUUUGAGACCGUGACACUCGUACCGAUUCAGACGAGUCUGCUUGACGUGUCGUUGCUUACAAAUAAGGAGAUCGAGUAUUUGAAUAAUUAUCAUGCAAGAUGUCUGGGGAUCCUGAGAACUUUCCUCCAAGGAGCAGAAAAUACUCAAGCACUUCAGUGGCUCGAAAGGCAAACGCUUCCUAUUUCCGGCUAACCACUAUGUUGAGUGUCUCGGCAAAAUCAUGUUACGAUAUCGUGGGACGAUUUAAGAUUUCCAAGUUCUACUAUUCUCUUUAUCUAUGUAAAAUGUAACUUUUUCUAUUCAAUCUAUAAAAGAUCCUUUGAGAAUUUAUAAUAUCACCGAACUGUGUCUGUACGAACCUUAUCGAUGGGCUAUCAGAGUAUUUUGGAGCUCCAGAAAAUUCCUCAAGUAUUCCCCGGAAAUUUUCUAUUCGACUGUCGAUCCGCACCUGCGACAAAUAACUUCGCAAAGUUGUGUAUGUACUAUAUAGAUGUUCGUAAGAGAAACUAAGUUUCAGACAGUACUAAUCACACGGCACUCGACGUGUUCAGUCAAUGUCACAAAUUACGUAAUUGUUACGCAAAAAAGAAAAUAAUGAUUAAUCCCUUGUAUUUAGAAUUUGUAUUAUACGUAAGAAUAUACGUUAAUUCAACUAAACAUUUUUGUAAUUGAACGUUUGAGACGGUGAGGUCGUGAGGUUCUGCUUAUGUUUUGCUCAAGUUUAUUACGAUUAUUUAUUAAAGUUGUGAAAUUUUCAUUUA